GAAACUUAAUGGAGAUAAGGAUAAUAUUUAUUUACUCGGACGCCACAUUGUUCUCGUUGGUACUGUUACUAUCGUCAUUAAACGAGCGUUAAACAAUUCGAUAAUUAAAGAAACACCAAGAAUGAAGAUAGUGAAACUUUCUGAAAAAGCAAGAGAAGAAUGUAUCCAAAAAAUCAUCAAGGCAGUGAAACAUUUGGAAAAAGUGAGAAGAGAAUGUAUCCAAAACAUCAUCAAGACAGUGAAACAUUUGGAAAAAGUGAGAAGAGAAUGUAUCCAAAACAUCAUCAAGGCAGUGAAACAUUUGGAAAAAGUGAGAAGAGAAUGUAUCCAAAACAUCAUCAAGACAGUGAAACCUUACGAAAACCCAAGAGAAGAAUGUAUCCAAAAAAUCAUCAAGGCAGUGAAACUUUUGGAAAAAGUGAGAAGAGAAUGUAUCCAAAACAUCAUCAAGACAGUGAAACCUUCCGAAAAACCAAGAGAAGAAUGUAUCCAAAAAAUCAUCAAGGCAGUGAAACAUUUGGAAAAAGUGAGAAGAGAAUGUAUCCAAAACAUCAUCAAGACAGUGAAACCUUACGAAAACCCAAGAGAAGAAUGUAUCAAAAACAUCAUCAAGGCAAAAAAAAAAAACUUCUGA